AGUGGCACCGGGCCUGUUCGGUUGCUGAGGCGACCGCGAGGCGGGCCCGAGCGUGUGGAGACGGUGGCGUGAGGGAGGGAGAGCCCGGAUUCCCGCGGCCCUGCCACUUCAGGGAACGGUGCCUGACCUGAAGAAGGCAGAAUGGGUCUAAAGACUACACAGGCUGCCUUUUUCCCGAUCUGCAGCAUCGAUGAGGUGGUCAAGUUGUUUGCGUUUGAGCUGAGGAGGGAUGAGCCUGACCUAACCCUGCUGUCCCUGGUGCUGGGGUUCAUCGAGCACUUCCUCGCUGUGAACCGGGUCCUCCCCAUCAACGUCCCCGGCUGCAGCUUUGAGGGCUCCCCAUGCCCGGAGGCUGGCUCCGACGCAGCCACCUGGUUCCCCUGCGUGGACUUCUUGCAGAUCCGGGCCCUGCACACCAGAUUCACCACCAUGAUCCGGGGAGCAGUGGACCGGUCCCUCUACCCCCUGAAGGAGGGCUACUCCAGCCGCGAGCUGGUGAAGAAGGUGUCCGAUGUAAUCUGGAACAGCCUGAGCCGCUCCUACUUCAAGGACAGAGCGCACAUCCAGUCUCUCUUCAGUUUCAUCACAGGCACUAAACUGGACAGUUCCGGCGUGGCCUUUGCAGUGGUAGCUGCCUGCCAGGUACUGGGACUCCGCGAUGUCCACUUGGGCCUCUCCGAGGACCAUGCCUGGGUGAUAUUUGGUGAAAACGGCGAGGAGACAGCUGAGGUGACCUGGCACGGCAAAGGCAAUGAGGACAGGAGGGGGCAGACGGUGACAGCAGGUGUUGCCGAGAGG